AUGAAUGAUACCAACACAAAUCAGCUGAAGCUACAACUUGAGGACUUGAUUGAGCAUGAAGAGGAUCUGAGAGAGAUCAACUUCAGGGAGAAAAUGGACAACCUACGCCGCAAGCAACGCAGAACAGCAGCUGAAAAUCGUACACUGGCAAGCUUGCCAGGACAUAUUGCAUUUUUGGAAGAAGAAGUUGAGAGAAUUUCAUUAGAACUUGGUGGCGACAAGUUCAGACACAUACCCAAUUCCAAAGGAUGGGACCCAACCGCCAUGGUUCUUCCAAUAGAAUUAGUGCAGGGCAGCAAGGCAUCUCGGAUUGUUAACAAGACAAAUUGGGAGGAGUGCAGCGAUACCUUGGAGUCUUUAUAUCAUGGGCUCUUUCUUGAUCAUGCCCGUCUGAUCUUUAGAUGGGACACCUACCUAGUGUCCCUUCUGCACAACACUCGGCAAUAUUCUGAAGCCAGUAUUGCCGAAGACCAAGUUUUGGAGGCUCAGUGGAAGAACAUGCUACAUACCACUCUUAAUGGAUGA